CUUGAAGAUCUGUCUGAACCCCAUGCCCUUCCAUGUUGCACGUAGGUGUGGUCAAGGGUGUGGUUAUUGCUUAACCCACGUGCUACCACGUGGCAUGGUUCUGCAGAAGGUGUGGCUGUACAAAAUGGCGGAUGUUUUGGUGAAGGAAUUAGGUGUUGAGGAUCUUUACGGGUUUUUAGAAGUACCAAGCGAUGCCUCAAAUAAAGAAAUUACCAGUGGUUAUCGUAAAAAGGCUCUACGAUAUCAUCCCGACAAAAACCCAGAUAAUCCUUCAGCUGCUGAUAUGUUUCAGAAGCUUUCACGUAUCUACAGUGUACUUAGUGAUCCUGCAGCAAGAGCAGCAUAUGACAAGUGGCUCAAAGCUAAAGCACAAAAUCAGAAACGAAACGAAGAGCUGAGUGCCAAGAGACGGAAAAUGAAAGAAAGUUUGGAACGUAAAGAGAAUGAGCAUUACGAUACUGUAGCAGCUGAAUUUGAGGCCAAGAAACAAAUACAAAAGGAGAUUGAGCGUCUAAGAGAAGACGGUUACAAAUUGAUACUGCGACAAGAAGAACUGCUCAAGGACACAACAAAACCAGAGAGCACUGAUGAGGCUGUAAUUCAAAUCGAAUGGAAUGAAGAUCAAGGUCCUUUUUCUGCAGGAGAACUUGAUGCUGUUUUUAGUAAGUAUGGACAGUGCAUGAUUGUGCCAUCAAAAAAGAAGAGGAAGGCAGUUGUUUCAUUUACAGAGGCAGCCAGUGCUAUGAGAGCAAUCAAAGAUUUAAAGGAAUCCUUUGGAAUCACCUGGAUAUCAGGCAAACCCGAAUCACUGAUCGCAUCAAGUUUUUCGCCUGAUGAUCGCAAGCGAUCGUCUAGCAUCAGGGAUGAAAUUAAACUGGAAGAUCGCGAGGCUGAUAUCUUUGAACGCUUGAAAAAGAAAUUUGAUCAUAGUUGAUGUUCAUAUUUUUAUUUUUAAUUCUGAUUAACUUUAAAAAUUACUGCAAAGAGACAAUUUUUGCCCUAGACU